AUGGGCGCCCGUAAUGGAAAACGACGUGCCGAGCACGUCCACCUUACGCAAAGCGACGAUGAGGCUCAGCAUCCGACUCCCAAGGCACCCCGCUUCAGUCACGGACAGCGCUUUGGGGAGAAUACUGUCUUUGUGCCCCUGAGCCAGUCAUCGCAGGUAUCUGCAGGCGAAGAAGAAGAUGACGCGCAGGCUGCGGAUCUGGUUCCGGAAAGUCAAGCUGCCGAUGAUCCCUCGUCCGGUAGCUCGAUACUCUACGGACGAAUAAACACUAAGAUCGUGGGUGUCCGUUACUAUCGAGGGCAUGCCACCCCUGGAGAGCGUGUGAUUUUGAGACGGGAGCCAACUAAUCAAUAUGAUCGUAAUGCUAUUAAAGUUGAGAACGUCAUGGGGGCCCAAAUUGGUCAUAUUCCACGACAAAUGGCGGCGAAGUUGGCGAGCUACAUGGAUGCGAGGUCUUUGGUUGUUGAUGGCAUGUUAACUGGGGUAAUUGGCUCUUUUGAUUGUCCGAUUAUGCUGAGCUUGUUUGGCACAAGCGACCCCAUGAGGAGAGAGGAGUUGAAAAGUCAGAUGGAGCAGGAUAGGCUGCCCCUAAGUGAACUCAAGCAGAAGAUGCGCGAGGAGCUUAGACAGCAAAAAGAGCUCGAAAAGGCUCGGAAGGCGGCCGAAAAAGGAGCUCAUGCGCUAGCGCAAGGCAAAGGACAAAAAUGGGAGGCGGCGAAUAGCAUGUAUAGCAAUCUAUCCCUUGGCGAGGGCAACAUUGAGGGUGAAGUCAGUUUGGAAGAGAUCAUUGGCCAAAGCAGCACGUUUAAUCCUCGGGAUAUUCGCCAAGUGGUGGAGGACUUUGGCAUGAGUGAAGCAGACCUGUCAAAUAUGCCUAUGGCAGAUCGUCCCGCGGCUCUUUCGACCGACUUACUCCCUUAUCAACGCCAAGGACUGGCUUGGAUGAUAGAGAAAGAAACUCCCACGCUCCCUGCUCCUGGGUCUGCCGAUGUGGUACAACUCUGGAAGAGAGAAAAUAUCAGAUUCACUAACGUUGCGACGAACUUCUCCACAUCGAUAGCCCCACCUCUUGCAAGUGGUGGUAUUCUGGCCGAUGACAUGGGCCUCGGAAAGACUAUCCAAAUCAUAUCUCUUAUCCUGGCAAAUUCCGCGCCCAAGUCUCCAAGCUCUUCCAAAACCACUCUGAUAGUAGCUCCCGUAGGAGUGAUGAGCAAUUGGAAGAAUCAAAUACUAGACCAUACACACAGCGAGUCUACUCCACGGGUACAUGUCUACCAUGGGACCGGAAAGAAAGAGGCUGCUAAUCUGAACCAAUACGAUGUGGUAGUGACUAGCUAUGGCGCCCUUGCAAAGGAAUACAGCCCAGGUACCAAAGUACCUCCAAAUCAAGGAAUCUUCUCCGUCCACUGGCGUCGUGUAGUCCUUGAUGAAGGGCACACGAUCCGAAAUCCACGGUCUAAAGGUGCGUUAGCUGCAUGCAGCCUGCAGGCGGACUCACGCUGGACCUUGACUGGAACACCAAUUGUCAACUCCCUCAAGGAUCUUUAUUCUCAAGUUCGCUUCCUGAAGCUUUCCGGUGGCCUGGAGGACAUGACGGUUUUCAAUAGCGUCCUGAUCCGACCGCUUCUGUCUGAGGACCCUAAUGCUCGUUUGCUUCUUCAGGCACUCAUGAGUACCAUUUGUUUACGCCGUAGGAAGGAUAUGGAGUUUGUAAACUUACGCCUGCCACCCCUUACAUCUCGCGUUCUACGCAUUAAGUUCCACCCCCACGAGCAGGAGAAAUAUGAUAUGUUUCAGUCCGAAGCAAGAGGCAUGCUACUUGAUUUUAAGUCUAAAGAUAAGUCCAACACCACAUACUCAAACCUCCUCGAAGUGAUCCUUCGCUUGCGACAAGUCUGUAACCAUUGGGCGCUCUGCAAGGACCGCGUGGAAAAACUUGUACAACUGUUGGAGGAGAAUAAGAUAGUCCCAUUGACGCUGGAGAACAUCAAGGCUCUACAAGACAUGUUACAAAUCUGCAUCGAGAGCCAAGAGACAUGUCCCAUCUGUCUAGAUAAUCUAGAGCAGCCUGUUAUCACAGCUUGCGCUCACGCAUUUUGCAAGGGUUGCAUCGAACAAGUAAUCGAGAGACAACACAAGUGUCCAAUGUGUCGCGCUGAGAUCAAGGAUACAUCGAACCUAGUCACACCCGCGGUUGAGAUGGGCGAAAGCACCGAAACCAUCGUCGCUGACCCCGACAACCCAAGCAGCAAGAUUGAAGCUCUAAUGAAAGUUCUGACAGCUCAAGGACAAGCUCCCGGCACUAAAACAGUUGUGUUUAGCCAAUGGACCUCAUUCCUUAACUUCGUUGAGCCUCAUCUCAACCGCUACGGAAUCGGGUUCGCCCGCAUCGAUGGUAAAAUGAGCUCGGGCGCUCGCGACAACUCAACAUACAGAUUCUCCCACGAUCCAAAUUGCAAGGUCCUCCUCGCAAGUUUAAGCGUUUGCAGCGUUGGCUUGAACCUAAUCGCAGCUAAUCAGGCCAUUCUUGCCGAUAGCUGGUGGGCCCCGGCAAUAGAAGACCAAGCCGUCGACCGAGUCUAUCGUCUCGGCCAAACCCGUGAAACUACCGUCUGGCGUCUUGUCAUGGAAGACAGCAUAGAAGAUCGUGUCCUAGCCAUUCAGGAAACAAAACGCAAGCUGAUGUCGGCCGCUUUCCGCGAGACCUCCAAGAAAAAGGUCGAUGACAGAGCGACUCGUGUUGCUGAUCUCGAGAAGCUCAUUACUUGAUCGUGUACGAAAAAGUACAACUCUCUAUUCAGCUUUUUUCGUUUCUCUAGUGGGCUUAUGAUUCUCUCUACAGUUCCAUAGUCAUGGAUACUUUCGGGUAUAUUUAUGUGCAAAUAUGUGUAAGCUGCUACGCGGUCUGAAG